AUCAUCUGUAUAUAUCCAUUAUGUAUAUUGUUAUUGUAAAUAAAUAUGAUAAAAAAAAAUAGAUGGAGAUCCAUGGAGGAUCAGCUAGAUGUGCAAUAUAUUAUGCGUGCGCCCGUGAGGGACAGAAAAAGAAUGCAAUGAGGCAAAUUAAAAACAAGUUUCAACAUUCUUGACAACAUACCAAAAACAACCUAGGUACUUAAUUUGGUCGUGUUAUUUGUUGCCCAUCAUAACUAUAUACAUAACUAUCAUAAUGGAAGGUAGAGUUAAGGAAUAGAAUCUCCAUAUACCAAAAAGUGUCCGAUAAAAAAACCAUAAAUAGGUGGCGCGGCGUAGAAUACUUGAGAAAAAAAUCUAAUCACAGACAGCGCACUUCACUCCGUCAGUAAGGGUUCAUCUACACGAUGGCCCAUCGUACGCCAGUUUAAGGGACGCAGCUAUGCAGUGGAAUGAGAUAGCAAUAUCACUUGCUCCCUCUAACGCAUAAAUACGUCCCUUGGACUGGCCUACGCUGGGCCAUCGUGUAGAGGAGCCAUAACAUUUAGGUUCUUAGGUACUCUAGCGCUACUCUGGAGUGAUUUGGAACUAUUAUUUAUAGCUGACAGCUGGACACUUGCAACAGUUCUGCCUAUGGAGUGUGGAAUCCUUCCGUAGUUCUGCCUAUGGAGAUUCUAUUCAUUGCCUCUACCUUCCAUAAUAAGCCAUACUAAAAUUUACGGUGGGGAAUAUAAAAAAAAUGAGACUGUGACGAGACAAACAAUCACUCUGCUACUCCUACUGAAAGUUCUAUAAGAGCAUCUCGUCCAUUUGUACCUCUAGAAAAAGAAAAAAAAAACAUCCAUGUGUCAAUGUUAAUGUCAUUGUCAUUAGACAUUGCUCUGGCGUUUUUACAAAAAUGUGUAAAAUUAAAGAUUUUUCCAAAUAACUCGUGAAAAUUGGAAAAGUGUAUAAAUUAAGUCAAAUUUAUUAUAAUUGAUUAUUUUGGCAAAGCCUCUAGGUCAGGUUUUAAUUACUUGCAAGGCAAUCUCGACGCCAUUCAUUUAUUCAUAUAUCCUAUAUAUCUUUUCCUGUCAAACCGUUCCUGAUUGCUCUUGCUCAUUCCUAUUUCGCUCUAAGACAUCUAAGGUUUUACAUUGUAGAAGUGGAAAGUGACUGAGAGUUUAUUAAUUACUUUCUUGAUAUUGAUUUGCUAGUGGACUCGUAGAAGAUGAUUUAGGUACAUUCAGGUGCAAAGACUACCUGAAGUGCUACUAGGAUCUGGAUUGUCCAAAAUAAAGCAACAAAAUGAACGUGGAUUUAAAGCAGACGUUUGCGCACAUCAAGCCAGUGUGCGAUAUUGUUAUGAUGUGCCCCAACACGGACUCCAUUGCGCAGUUCACCAGCCGCGUCGGCGAGCUGAAGAAGGAGGCCGUGCAGGAGCUGCAGCAGUACCUCUUGUUCCCAUUCAUAACCCAUAUAAAGUCUACUGAAAUUGAGAAAAAAUAUGAGCUCCAGUGGAGGAUAAUAGAUGCUAUCCAAGUGGUGCUUGAAAAAGUAACAGUGAUCAGCUUCGAGAUGUGCAUUAAGAUAGAAACAGGGCUGCUCAGCCUGGUGUUUGACAAGUCCAAGCCUGGCAUGAUUGCGGAUGUGCCAGAGGAGCUAAAGCACUCUGUUAUGAAGUGCCUCACAGUGCUAAUGCUGCACAUCGACGACCGCGUUCGUAAGAAAAUGCUUCGGACGCAGGUGUCGCUUAUUGCGCAGGCUGUCUUCGUGUCCGUCCACCUUGCCAAGCUGGAGAGGCUCAGGGCACUGAGACUGGCAGCCAUCAACUCCGUAACGGCGCACACCGGCUGCCAUCGCCGGCUGACGGACGCGUAUCACAUAAAGGACAUACCGCUGGAGGCACUGGUGGUGGACAUACUGGCCAGCAUCCUGCCCGGCGUGCUGGCGGCGCUGCAGGACGUAGCCACCUGCCCCGACAACCCUGGUCACGCGGUACAAGUGGCAGCAAUAGACGCGAUACACCGCAUACUGUGUCUCACGAUGAACGACAAAUACUUGAUCAAGCACUCGACCAUAACGGCCGAGGACUUCGCUAAGAUGGUCAUUGACAAGCGAAAAUCUAACAAAGAAGUAAGCAGUAAUGAAAAGAAUCCCAAGGAGAUAUCCAAACGUUCGGCCGAGUGGUUUGCGAUGGCGGGCGAGAAGCUGGUGCUGAUCAGCAAGAGUCUGUCGGAACUCGUCACGGACGAUCACCCUAAAGUGCGCCACGAGCUCGGCGUGUAUUGUGCCAGGCUGCUUACAGAGUGCCACCAAACAAUGCAGCCGUCCGUUUCCAUCGCACUGGACCUGCUACUGGCGCUCUCAGGCGACUCGCACCCCGAGGUGUCAGAGUACUGCUCGAGCGCGGUGCGCGCGCACUGCGGCCGCCACGUGGCCGAUAACCUGCGGGACAACUUCAUCAGCACGGUCACCGGCCUGCCGCGGGUGCUGAACAACGUCGAUUCCGCCCGCAAACUAACAGCUCUGAACAUGUUAUACGGUUAUAUUGAGAUGAUGAUGGACUCUGCGCAACCUCAGACGUUGACCGCAGCCCUCUGCACUGAGCACUCGCUCCAGAGCUUCGUGAGCGCGCUGCUGGAGGCGGCCGCGCUGCACACUGACCUCGUGCUGCUCGCGCGGCACACGACAGACAUGCGCACCACGGCGCCAACAUCAUCGCCGUGGUUGAAGCUGCGGCAUCUGGACGGCGCGGCGGUGGCUCGGUUGUGGAGCAUAGCGCGGCUGCUGGGCGGCGCCGAGUGCGCCUCGCUGCUGCUCGACCGUCUCUCGCCGCACUCGCCCGAGAGCGCCGCGCUGGCCAACACCCUCGCGUCAGGUAUGUGGCCGUGGAGCCUGACGCGGCUGCUGGGCGGCGCCGAGUGCGCCUCGCUGCUGCUCGACCGUCUCUCGCCGCACUCGCCCGAGAGCGCCGCGCUGGCCAACACCCUCGCGUCAGCUCCUAACGCCCCAGCAGAAUUGGCGCAGCGCGUGCUCAGUGCGUACACGGAGGAGAGCACGUGGUACCUGCCGCUCGAGGUAGGCAGCGAAGAGGCACCCACUACAGAAGAGACCCUCGACCCCUCCGUGUACAAUCCCCGCGCGUGGACCAAGGACAGCGUGCCAGGCCUGUACGAGGGCGCGACGGAGACGCGCUACACGGGCCUCAGCUACGCGGCGCCGCGCCCGCCGCGCCGCGCCGCCGGCGCCUGCGCCACGCCGGCCGAGGCGCGGCGCAACAUGGCGCUCGCGUGCCUGCUGACCGAGGGCGUCGGCCUCAUGGCCAGGAGGCUCAUGGCCGACUUCCAGCCCUAUCUGCUCAAGACGCUCUGUCUGAUAUUGGAGAGAGUUGGUAGUACGUACGAAAUGCUGCACCUAGCCGGCGUGAAGGCCAUCAGCGACAUCGCGACGGCGUGCGGCCAUGACUCCGUGCCCGACCUCAUCCGCUGCAACGCCGACUACUUCACACACCAGAUCUCCGUCCGGCUAAAAAAGGCUUGGAACACUGAAUCAGCACUUCAAAUUAUGUCCGUGGUUAUGCAGUACAGUGACGCUAGUAUACUUGACUGUCUCUAUGGAAUAGUGGAAGACGUUCUAGUUCAAAGUUUGGAUAAAUAUCACGAAAAAAACUUACAAGCAUACCUUCAAGUGUUCCUGACAUUCAUCACUUGUAUCCGAAAAUGGUUUCCUGCGGAGGAUGAAUCUAAAACGACAGAAAAAAAGGAAAGUGAAAAGGACCAAGAAAUUGAUGUGUUGAAGGACCUGAUGGAAUAUCUGGCGCAUACCGAGGAAAUGGAUAAGCUAAUGAAAAACGAGGAGGCGGAGACAACACAAAGCGCAGAGGAGAUGUAUAAAGAAGAUCAGAAAAUUAGAGAGGAAGGAAUUCUGGACUAUGAUGAUAAGGUUACAGAGGAAACCCCUCCCCUGCCUCGGCAUAUCGUCGUGACGCGAACUAUUCUCAGGCGGUGCCUCAAUUUCCUUACGUCGAAGAAUACCGAGGUGGCCAUCCUAGCGCUGCAGGUUCUAAACGAGGGUUUCCCGAUCCUGGCGCGGUACCCGGACGAGCUGCUGCCGCUGGCGCACGCGUGCUGGGCGCCGCUGGCCGCGCGCUGCGCCGCGGACGACGCCGUGGUGUUGCGCCGCGCGCUCGAACUGCUCGUUACUAUGGCGGCGUUGGCUAAGGACUUCCUCAGGCAACGGGCUGCAACGGACGUGCUGCCCCACAUAUACGCGUUCCUGCACAAAUCGGCGCACGAGAGCCACCUGAAGGACGCGGGCGCCGCUUACCGCAGCUCCGCCGCAUACCGGCUGCAGGCGAGCGCGCUCGGCGCGCUGCGCACCCUGGCGCCGGACCUGGCGCUGGAGGCCGAGCGCCUGCAGGACGCCAUGGCGAGUGCCGACCACUACCUCAGCAGCAAGCAGCCCAAGCCUCUGCAGGAGCUUGCCGUGAAGUUCUUCAAAGCAAUGCUGGAGUACGAUUACGGCGCGACGUGGUUCCACCUGCGCCAGCUGGCCGGCAACGAGUGCGAGGUGCGGCCGCCCGGCGCCGCGCCCCUGCCGCUGCUGCCCGUCGCCGGCGCGCCCGGCCCGCCCGCCGCCCGCCACCUGCAGCGCAACGUCGCGCUGGUGCUCGCGGGGCUGCACCGCCACGGCUAGCCCGUGCCGUGUCUGCGGCCGCCCGGCGCCGCGCCCCUGCCGCUGCUGCCCGUCGCCGGCGCGCCCGGCCCGCCCGCCGCCCGCCACCUGCAGCGCAACGUCGCGCUGGUGCUCGCGGGGCUGCACCGCCACGG